AUGGCUUCAAGUCCCCAUAUCGGCGUCAUCGGCGCAGGCAUUUCAGGCCUCCGCUGCGCCGACAUCCUCAUCCAAAACGGGGCCCGAGUAACAAUCCUAGAAGCAAGAGAUCGCAUUGGUGGGAGAGUGCACCAAUCAACAGUUGGAGGUCAUGCAGUGGAUCUAGGCCCUAAUUGGAUUCAUGGUGCGGGGGAGAACCCUAUCAUGACCAUAGCGGAAGAAACGGGGACUGUGAUGUAUGACCCCGAGGGUGGAAGGCAUGUCUCCUACUCGCGAGACGGCCACCCAAUCAACGACGAAGUGGCGGCUCAAGUCCAGGACUUUGUAUGGAAUACCAUAUCAGAAGCUUUCAAAUACAGCAAUCAGCAUGGAGAAAGCAUUCCCGCCGAGACAAGUCUUUUCGAUUUCUUCUGCGAACGAGUCCAGCAAACCAAUUUCUCAGAUGAAGAGAAACAGCUGUGUCUCGAUGCCUGUAGGCUCUGGGGUGCAUAUGUCGGCGAUCAAGCCGACAAGCAGAGCUUGAGAUUCUUCCGUCUGGAAGAAUGCGUUGAUGGGAGCAACUUCAUUGUGGCAUCUACAUACAAGCGCAUAUUAGAGCACGUCGCCAAAACCGCCGUCGCAAAAGCUGACAUCCGCCUCAACGAACCCAUCACAAGCAUCAAAGCGCCACCUCGCAACAACCAAUCGCAAACAAAGCACCAAGUAACCGUAACAACAGCGACAGGAACAACAUACGACUUCGACCAAGUAGUCGUAACCUGCCCAUUGGGCUGGUUGAAGCAAAACACCUCGGCGUUCACGCCGGCACUCCCACCCCGUUUCGAACAAGCAAUCAAAAACAUCUCAUACGGCCGAUUGGAAAAAGUCUACGUGACGUUCCCGCGCGCCUUCUGGCACACCGACAAAACCAAUACCUCAACAACCAACACCGUCUUCGCCCAAUUUCUCGACCCAUCCUACACACCCCACCCAGCACACCUAGAAUGGAACCAAGAAUUCGUCUCGCUCGCCUCCCUCCCAGAACCACACGCCCACCCGACCCUUCUCUUCUACACAUACGGCGACGGCGGUGCAGAGAUAAUCAACCGCAUUUCGAAGCUAGAUCCCUCAUCAUCUGAAUACAGAGAUACCCUAAUCGAAACAAUGCGCCCCUUCUACUCUCGACUCCCCGGGUACAGCGCGGAGCAUCCGGAUUGCGUGCCAGUGGCGCUGCUUGCUACGCAGUGGCAGAAGGAUGUGUUUGCUGGGAAUGGGUCGUAUUGUAAUUUCCAGGUUGGGAUCCAGGAGGCGGAUGUGGAUGUUGAGGUUCUGAGGUCUGGGGAUGGGAUUGGGCCGGUUAGGGGACUUUGGUUUGCUGGUGAACAUACAGCGCCGUUUGUGGCGCUUGGGACUACUACUGGUGCAUUUUGGAGUGGGGAGAGGGUUGCGAGGUUGGUUUGUCGUGAGGCUGGGAUUGGGGGGAUGGGGAUCAAGGAUGAUUCUUUGCCUUCAGCUGGGGAUGGGGCUUGA